AUGGAUACAGUGAAACUAAUGCGGAAAUUUGAGAACGAACCCGUGAGCAAUGGUGAUCGCACCAAUGAUGAUAGCGAGCUGGAGGAUGACGUACCGCCAACGCAGACUACGGAACCAGUUCAAAAUGGGGAAGAAUACGAGCUACCAUCACCUAAAUCAAAUGGCUCAGCAAAAGAAUCACCAGCGUCGCUUGAGAUAUCGAUUAAGGAGGAACCCUGUCCAAGCGAGGAACCAAAACCUAUUGAGGUUACGACAGAGACAGCUGUGCGACAGGUAGAUAUUGUUAAUGUACCGAAACCAAAACGCAAAGGAAGCCGCGAAUGCAGCUCAAGCAGUCGAAACUUCCACGAGGGACAGACCGUCUAG